AAAUCAGUCGUGAAUACGUAAAUAAGCAAGCCGAAAGCCGACCACUAUGGAAAACGAAAUCAUCAUUUUCAUAUCCGUGGGGUCAUGGCAAUAAUUAUAACACUAUCACAUCACAAACGUGAGAAGAAAUCGUUGGUGGCAAUAUCCUGCUUGUGCCUUCCUCUUCCUCCUUUGCCAUCUUCUAGCUCCUGUCAUUUCGUAAUACGAAAGAAAGAUGUAAUUUGAAAUCACACCCCAUCAGUGCUCGCUCUAACCCGGCACUAUUUUUAGUCGGCCUCAAACAGCUGAUCGUUUCGCGACUGCUGUUGUUGCUAAGAACUGUAAUUUUGUUGUCCUGACGUUAAAUUAUUAACAGACUAUCUCAGAAUUAUUAAGUGUCUAAAAGUCCAACUAGUUAUAUAUACGGAUGAAGACUGUCACUGGAACUCCCUCGACGCAAUCCGCAUCUCAGAAGAAUAUACUUCAACCUCUCAAUACAGUUCUUCUGUAACCUGCUGCAUCGGGGAACAUAGCUAUGCAUUACGUUUUGCUAUCACACCGUCACAUCGAGCAACAAUUUAAAUAUUGUAAUAAUAAGUCACUAGAAUUGUUUUAAUCAAGUCGAUAUGGAUGGACAGAAUCAGUGCAGUGUGGCAAAUAAAAGACUGUGUGGUCAAGUGAAUUCGAUAGCACACUUCCCUGGCACAUAAAAGUUCAAUUUUUUUAAAGCUAGACUUUUUGUCAACUGGCGUCGUGGUUAAUCACUUCGAAGUAAAAGCUGUUUCUACAUUAUUUGUAUUUCACAUGACGAGAUUGUGAAGAAAGUUCAAAUAUGGGGAAGAACUCUAAGAAAAAUCAAAAUUUAUCGAAACCUCCAGUUGAAAUCCAGCAUGAUGAUUACGUCGAUGCAUUUAUUCCAACGCCACCGGAUGGUGGGUGGGGAUGGGUCAUUGUAUUUGCUUCUCUCCUCAGCAAUGUUAUUGUUGACGGAGUUGCUUACUCUUUUGGUGUUUUCCUUGAUGAAUUUGUCACCUAUUUCAAUGAAUCAAGAAGCAAGACCUCUUUAAUAGGAUCUGUACUAGCUGGUACCUACCUCUGUGCAGGCCCUAUUGUUAGUGCCUUUACAAAUCGCUUUGGUUGCCGUCCUGUAGCAGUAGUUGGAAGCUUCAUCGGUGCAUUUGCCUUCCUACUGUCUACACUUUCUCCCAAUAUAGACACAAUGAUUAUAUUUUAUGGAGGUUUUGGAGGAUUUGGUUUAGGUCUCAUUUAUCUACCUUCUAUUGUAAGUGUUGGCUACUAUUUUGACAGAAGACGAGCAAUUGCUACUGGCAUUGCUGUGUGUGGUUCUGGAGUUGGCACUUUCAUAUUUGCUCCCCUUGGAGGUUAUUUGCUUGAACAAUACGAUUGGAAAAACUCUUUGUAUAUUAUUGCUGGUCUCAUCCUAAAUGGUGCUGUGUGUGCAAUGUUAAUGAGACCACUUGAAGUUCCACGAAAGAAAGGUUUAAAGAAAAAGGUACCCCCACGGGAAAAAAAUAUGAUUGACAGAAUCAAAGAACAGACAAAACGAACUCGAUUAGAUUCUGAGCCAAGUAUAGUCGAUGAUGUUAAAGCUAUUGAUGCAACAAAUAGUUUAUUUCAGAAAGUACAAUUAGCAAAACUCCAGCGUGAGGACCAACUGAAUGAAGAUGAGUCCGAAUUAGGUUCAUUGCCGAGUACUAUAUUUUUAAAACGCCAAGACAGUGAACAGACACGACCCAAAAAGCUUUCCUUGUCUGAUCGAGGUGAUACAUUUAGCAAAUCAAGUACGCCAACUGACCUGCCAAAAAUUGUUGUCCAUGAUCCAGUAUCAUCAAAGUCACCAUCUCCUGACUCAGAUACUUCAGUUACAAAUGAAUCUGCUCAGAACCCCCAAGAGAACACUGCCAAUUCCACAAGAUCUCUAAAGAAACAAGACUCAGAAACAACCAACUCCACCAAAUCGCAUUCAAAACGAAAGUCGUUACAGAAAAGAAGAGAAUCUGAUGAAGUAAGUGUGACACCUUCUAUCAGUACUCCUGUAACUCCUGUGACACCAGAGGAUUGUGUUAUUAAUCCAGAGCAGUUUACAGACGUGAAUAGCAGUAGCCACUCAAAGCAUCACAGUACCUCCAACAGACUUGUCGUAGCUAGUUUACCAAAUGGACUUCAGACUGAUACCAAGGAUCCUAGUAGGCCCCUCCUAGGAGAUGUCCACAAGAAUCUUGUUGUGAAGCAGAACAGAGAUGGAACAAAGGAGUAUUGGCACCGCUCAUCUGAAUUUGCCGGUAAGUUCCGUGGUCGCCGCUCCAGUGAACAACCUUGUAAAUCAGAAAGAAGACCUAGUGAAUUCAUGCUAAGAUUCCAGCGCCGCUUCAGUGAAUAUCCAGUGAGGUCAAACAAAGAAUUGAUCAUACCAAAGGAAGAUUAUGCUCGGCCCCUUUACCGAAAAGAUAUUUUCUACAGUGGCAGCAUUGUACAUAUACCUCAGUUUCAGUCACAGCCAGACAUGACUUCAUACAUCACAAGCAUCACAACUAUCCCAGGAAUGAUUCCAGCUGAAAAGACAUCACUUUUCUGGGAUUUCAUUUGUAUCCCAAAAACUGCCAAAGAUACUUUAAGAGAAAUGUUAGAUUUUUCAUUAUUAAUUGAUCCAGCUUUUGGAAUAAUUUGCCUUGGAAAUAUACUAGUUUUUCUUGGAUACUUUAUUCCUUUUGUCUUCCUUCGGGAUCGAGCUACUGUAGAGUUAAACAUUAAACCUUCAAAUGCUGCUUUUUUAUUGUCUAUUAUUGGUAUUACAAAUACCAUUGGUCGGGUGGUUACUGGUUUUCUUGCAGAUCUUCGGAAAGUAGACAGUUUAUUGAUCAAUAAUAUUGCUCUGCUUGUUACGGGCAUCGCAACCUGUCUCAGUUUAUUUUGUAACAAUUAUGCAACUUUAUGCAUUUAUGCGAGUGUUUUCGGUCUCUUUGCAGCUGCUUUUAUAUCAUUAACUUCCAUUAUCAUCUGUGAUCUCUUGGGUUUGGAUAAGCUCACAAAUGCUUUCGGACUCUUGUCAUUGGUUAGAGGAAUAUCAACCAUCAUUGGACCACCUUUGGCUGGUGCUAUAUAUGAUUCAACCAAAAAAUACGACUCAGCAUUUCAAAUGGGUGGAAUACUGAUUAUAUGUGGAGGUUUGCUGCAUUUUAUUCUAUACAUCCCUCCAAUUGCAAAACGGCGGCACCGGAUACAAAGAGAAAUAAUCACAAGUCCAAAUGAAGCAGUAAUAGAUGAGAAAAUUGAGGAAGAACUUAGUGAUGAAGAAAUUGAAGAGGUGAAAUCUUGUUGAGAAAAAACAUACUGUUAAACGGCAGCAGCAACAAAUGCUAUUAUUAUAGUUUAUGACUUGUAACUGAGGAAUAAUAAAG